AUGCUGAGCCCUACUUCUAUCUCUUCCAAAAGUUUGUCAUUUCAGACAAAUUUAAGGCUUCUUUACCAUACAAUCUCCGGUAAAAAAGUAGCCGAGUCUAUCAGGGAACAGAUUAAACAAAACAUAAUCAAUUUGAGAAGGAAGAACCCAUUGUUCGUUCCGAACUUGAGAAUAAUUCAGGUCGGAAAUAGACCAGAUUCAUCUACUUAUGUUAGGUCCAAAGAAAUAGCUGCUAAGAAAUGUUUUAUGAAUUCAACUACCGACCAUCUACCUAAUGACAUCACUGAAGAAGCUUUGCUUAACCGCAUAAAAGAAAUCAAUUCUGAUCCGUCUAUUCAUGGGUUAAUGAUACAGUUGCCUUUGCCUGCUCAUUUGAAUGAAGAAAGGAUCACUGAUGCUAUCAACCCAACGAAGGAUGUCGAUGGGUUAACCACAUAUAAUGUUGGCCAAUUGACUAAGAAAAACGGAAACCCAUACUUCUUACCUUGCACACCACAUGGAAUCAUAAAAUUGUUAAAAUCUGAAAAUAUUCAAAUUAAGGGCAAAUUGGCAGUUGUCUUAGGUCGUUCUGAUAUUGUUGGUGUUCCAAUUGCUACUCUUCUAAGAAAUGAAAAUGCCACCGUUAUAAACUGUCAUAGUGCCACUACUAACUUGAAAGAGCUUCUUGGAUUAGCUGACAUUAUAAUUGCUGCUUGCGGUAUACCAAAUUUUGUAAAAGGUGAAUGGUUAAAAGAAGGGUCUAUAGUCAUUGAUGUCGGGAUUAAUUAUAUUAAAGAUCCAACCAAAAAAUCUGGUCAACGUUUGGUUGGUGAUGUCGAGUUUGAGUCUGCUAAGAAUAAAGCAUCCUAUAUUACUCCGGUACCAGGUGGUGUGGGUCCAAUGACAGUCACUAUGCUAAUGAAUAACGUUUAUAAUGCUGCUAAAAAAAGUUUUACUGAAGGAUCAACUGUCAAAAUUGAACCUUUGCCAUUAAUUACAAAAUCCCCAGUCCCAUCUGAUUUUGAAAUUUCAAAAGAUCAACAACCAAAACCAAUUCAAAAAUUGGUCAAUGAACUACAAAUCAAACCAAAGGAAGUGGACUUGUAUGGUGAGUAUAAAGCUAAGAUUUCUCCAUCCAUAUUAGAUAGAUUAAAGGAUAGACAAAAUGGUAAAUACAUACUUGUCGCUGGUAUUACACCAACUCCACUUGGUGAAGGUAAAUCUACCACUACAGUCGGGCUAGUUCAAGCUUUGACUGCCCAUUUAAAUAGACCUACUAUUGCCACAUUGCGUCAACCUUCCAUGGGUCCAACUUUUGGUGUUAAAGGAGGUGCUGCAGGUGGUGGUUAUUCACAGGUAAUCCCAAUGGAUGAAUUCAAUUUACAUUUGACUGGUGAUAUUCAUGCUAUUGGUGCCGCAAACAAUUUACUGGCCGCCGCUGUUGAUACAAGAAUGUUCCAUGAAAUAACCCAGAAGAAUAAUGUCACCUUUUAUAAGAGAUUGGUACCUACCAAGAAUGGUUCAAGGAAAUUUACUCCCUCAAUGUUGAAAAGGUUACAAAAAUUGGGUAUCAAUAAGACAAAUCCAGAUUCUUUGACACCAGAAGAAAUCAAUAAAUUUGCUAGAUUAAACAUUGAUCCUGAGCAAAUAGUUGUAAAAAGAGUAGUUGAUGUUAACGACCGUAUGUUGCGUCAAAUCACUAUUGGUGAGGCACCAACUGAAAGGGGUAUUACUCGUUCUACUGGAUUUGAUAUUACUGUUGCAUCGGAAUUAAUGGCUAUUUUAGCUUUAUCUAGAGAUCUAGUAGAUAUGAGAGAAAGAAUCGGCAAAAUUGUCGUUGCUUUCAACAGAGAAGGCAACCCAAUUACAGCUGAUGAUAUUGAAUGUGCUGGCGCAUUAACUGCCUUAUUAAAGGAUACUAUUAAACCAAACCUGAUGCAAACUUUGGAAGGUACUCCUGUCUUGGUCCAUGCUGGUCCAUUUGCCAAUAUUUCGAUUGGUGCAUCCUCCGUUAUCGCUGACCGUAUCGCUUUAAAGCUUGUUGGUAAGGAUAAAAACAGUAUUACUAACCAAGGUUAUGUUGUCACAGAAGCUGGUUUUGAUUUCACUAUGGGUGGUGAACGUUUCUUAAAUAUUAAGUGUCGUUCAUCUGGGUUAUCUCCUGAUGCUGUUGUCCUAGUAGCUACUGUUAGAGCAAUAAAAUCUCAUGGUGGUGCUAGUAAUGUCAAACCAGGUCAACAAUUACCUCAAGAAUACGUUACAGAACAUACUGAUUACGUUGCUGCUGGUGUCUCUAAUUUGAUUAAACAAAUUAAAAACGUAAAGCAAUAUGGCAUUCCAGUCGUUGUCGCAAUUAAUAAAUUUGAAAGUGACACUGAAAAAGAAAUUGAAAUAAUUAGAAAGGCUGCUAUUGAAGCUGGCGCCAUCGAUGCUGUUACAUCUACUCAUUUCACAGAUGGUGGUAAAGGAUCCAUAGAUCUAGCUUAUGCUGUUAUCAAAGCUGCUGAACAAUCAAAAUCCUUCAAUUACUUAUAUAAUAGCGAACAAAGUAUUGAGGAAAAGAUUGAAACUAUUGUCAAGAAGAUGUAUGGUGGUGCAACCAUCAAAAUUUCUCCAGAAGCACAAAGAAAGAUCGAUGUAUAUGAAAAACAAGGGUUUGGUAACUUACCAAUAUGUAUUGCCAAGACUCAGUAUUCAUUAUCCCAUGAUGCUAGCUUAAAGGGCGUUCCAUCUGGUUUUACUUUCCCAAUCCGUGAUGUAAGAAUCUCUGCUGGUGCAGGUUACUUCCAAGUGUUAGCUAAUGAAAUCCAAACUAUUCCGGGGUUGUCUACGUAUGCUGAGUAUAUGAACGUUGAAAUUACUGAAAAUGGUGAUAUUGAAGGCCUAUUUUAA